AGGGUCUCAGUCGUUUCACGAUCUUCGUGGUGAACAAUAUCCUCGUACAAACAGAAAAGAAACGAGAGAAAGAAAGAGAGAGAGAGAGAGAAAGAGAAAGAGAAGUUUAUUUCGUUAAAUCAAGACGUGACUACAUUGCAGUGACUAUUUAAAUAAUCUUAUCAAAUUAUCAAUUAUUUAUCAAUAGAUAUCCGUGAUAUAAUUUGCAAGUCUUAUCAGACAAUUAAAAUUUUCCUAGUUGUUAAUAGUAAUAUCUGUGAUAUAAUUUAAGAAUCUUAUCAAGUUUUAUUUAAUAACACUUGAAAUAUUUCUACGUAUCAAAAGUGAUUUGGAGUGGUUCGAGAAUGAAUUAAUUCUUUGGCACUGAUAAAUUUAAUAUAUAAAAAGAGAAGAGGAUAUACGAAAUAAGAUUGAGUGCAAAAUGAAAAAGUGAAUUUUCAGAGGGAUUCUUGCUCGAUGCAUUAAUGAACGUGAUAAUAGGCGCGUGUGUCAUAUUUACGUAAGUACGAAUUUAUUUCGUUUUUUUUUACGCGCGAUCAUGGGUUUCUAUCAAGCGCGAAAUAAAUGUCAAGUAAUAUAAGUAUUUGAAUGUCAAACGGAGAAAUACGCUGUUCCCUUGAUUCUCUUCCGGUUGCCAAGCGAUGGACAUUAAAGCUGAUCUCAUGAAACGAAUAUUGAAUUAUCCAUUAUUGAAAAACAUUAUCGUGAAAACGCUGUCAGAUUGAAAAUAUUUUUGCCGAUUGACAAUUUAAUCUUUAAAUAUUUAAAUUAGAAAAAUAUAAUAUUUCGUAGUAUAAUUUUGUAACUUAAGGCAAGAAAUUAAAAAAUAAUUGUCAAAGAGAAAAGAGGGAAUUUUGAUGAUUGAAUUUAAAAUUCUUGUGCAGCUAAUUGUGACAAAUUAAGUCUUCCAAACGAGCUCCUUAUUUGUAACUCAAAUGGUCUUCGAGGUAGUUGUUGCCUUCAAUCAAGGAUCGUUAACGCGAUUACUCCAUCUGUUAAUUUUAAUUUGCCAAAUGAUCUGUUAUUGUUAUAGAGAGUUCUUUUGAAUAUGCUUAACCAAUCAAAUCAAAUGAAAUAAUCGAAUUAAAUAAUUGAAAAAGAUAAAAUAAAUUAUUUUUACUAAUUUAAAUUAAAAUAUAUACUCGAUAUUAAAAAACAUUAAAUAUAUCAUCAUUAAUUUAUCACAGAAGAUAUAUAUUAGUAUAGUAUAAAUUUGAAAAUUGAAGUAUUCUCUGAAAACCUGAGAAUGAACAAAAUAAAGAAAAAUAACGAUUCACUUCACUAAUUAAAGAAAAAAAAAAAGGAAGAAGAAGAAUACAAUUUAUAACAGCUUUUCUGCAUCGAAGUGAAUCAAAGCUGAUGGAUGAUGGAACGAGGAGAACGGAAAUAGAAAGCGUUUCGGAGUGGUCUGCGGCUUUCUGGCAACGAGGCACUCGUCGGAUUUGCCCUCGAAAGCCGUCGUGUCGCGUGUAACCGAAGACCGUCGGCACCGCGGUAAUUCCAACUCGAAAACCAUCGUGUGUGCAUUACUUCGAGGUUGUGCUGGUGAUUAGCUGUUUCUCGGCACGCGAUACGAAACCCGGUAUUCGGCCAGAUUGAUUCAAUUCGCGUUCGAUUACUACCCCGCAGCGGAAUCUACCCCCAUUCUGAUCGUUCGGGACAUUGCGGGGAUGCUUCGAUUUUUGUCCAUCUUAAUUUCGACGUUGAUUUAGAUUCGACAUUGAUAUUAACUCGUGGGAAAUAUUAUCAAAAAUUUUCUAAUAAUCAAUUAUCAGAUAUCUAAUUUUAAAAUUGUAUAAUUUUUUGGAAAAUUUUCAAAGAAUUUUUGAAUGAUCAAAUUUGUAUGAUAAAAUUAAUGUUAUUUUUUAUAAAUUUAAUAUUUUUUUAAAUAAUUUGAUAGUCGAUUCUGUUGAAAAAUAAUAGCAUAUAAAAAUAGUAAAUAAAAAUAAUUCUAAAUAAUUAUCAUAUUUGACGUUAAAUUUUACUAUAUAUAUAAAUGAUUUUUCUAAUUUAUAGUUCAAUUCCAUUUUUGAAUCUGUAAAAUUCUUUUUAAAUACAAACAUUAUAAUUUGAAUAUAACAAAUCGGCAAGACAGAAAUAAAUAUGAAAUAAAUCCAAUAGAAUCGGUCUCCUUGCUCGUUUCCAAUUAAAAUUGCGGUAACACCUGUAUAGAAAAAAUCCUAUCCUAUGCAGAGACGAAGUUCUAUAAUUGAUAUUCAAUCGAUUACAGUCGCGAUUGAAAUCGGCUUGAAUCUUUCAUUUGCGCAAUUGCUGUUCCGAUUAACUACAAUUAAAUUUCGAUUUCAUUUUCAAUCCCUUUAAUCCCGGUCUGAAACAAAAGCAUAAACGUACAAGUGACAAGAAAUUGUCGUUCAAUUAAAGAUAAAUUAAAAUGGAAAAUUGGCGACUUGCCAAAUGUAGAAACGUAUGUAUCCGAAUACGUUGAACUUAUAAUUUAUACAAGGAAAAGUUUGACGAGAUAUAACGAGACCAGCAAACAACAAAGCGUUUUGCGCAUUUUCACAAAGUUUCAUGAAGAAAUUUUAUCGUGACCUUUGUGUCGCAAUUAUGAAACGCCAGAGGAAUUGUUUUUACUCGUAGAGGGACUGAUGAAUACGAGAAAAUUGAAAAUGAAUCGCAGAGGAAGAAAAAAAAAAAAUAGACGGCGAGAAAAGUUGGCAUAUACGCGAUGAAUACAGAAAUGCCUUUUCGUUUAUGUGAAGCCACGAUAAAAUGGAGCUAUUGGUACCAGCAGUCUCAGACGUCGUGUUUAAAUACACAUGGCCUAUUCCAAAUUACAAAAGAACUAUUUCGAAGAAAAGCUUUAUAGAUAGCCCGUCCUUCAACGUCAAUAUAAAUGGUAUUCACAGCACAUGGAAUUUAUCCAUCAGAUUCUGGAAGAAUCCUGAUGGAAAGAAUGGUCCACUGUUUGGUAACAGGCAAAAGAAUAAUAAACCCGGUGGUAUUGUGCCUGAACAUGUUGAACUGCAACGUAGAUGAAGCGGAACAAGCGAAGAUACGAUUUCAAUUUGCAGUUUUCAAUGCCGACGUUAAACAUUGGGAAUACUGUCACGUUAGCAGGACAAUACUCGAGCUGAAAUCAUACACGGACAUCAUUUCCUUGGGCUAUAGAGACUUGUCCAUCGUCCACAGACAUUUAAAGAAGAAUGGUGAGGUGGUAUUAAUGGUUAAAAUACAGAUAAUCCAAUACGAAAGCGAAAAACAUAACUUGUCACAGGAUAUGGCCAGACUGUUAAAAUAUUCAUAUGGUGCAGACACUAAGUUAAUUUGUGGAGGUUUAAACAAUACAGAAAUUCCAGUUCAUAGCACUGUAUUGACUGCUCGUAGCAACGUUCUUGCUGAAAUGAUUUUGCCUUUAAAAGAAUUUAAUGAGAGGAAAGAUAUAAAGACAAACACUAUAAAAGAUAAAAUGGAUACGAGGAUGUUACAAGAAAAUAACAUAAUCGAUAAAGAAAACGGACGUUCUAAUAAACGUUAUGUAUUUUAUUUGGAAUUGUUGGAUCUUAGUAAAGAGUUAGCUGAAGAAUUUUUGCGAUAUAUAUAUAGCGAUCAAAUCGAUAAUUUGGAUAAUUUUGCUCCACAACUUUUAUCAUUGGCUGAACGUUUUUCUUUGCAAGGAUUAAAAGAACUUUGUGAAAGAAAUCUUAUAGAAACAAUAACUCCAGAAAAUAUAGCAAGCAGACUUUUAAUUGCAGAUGAAUUUGGAUGCGAUGCGCUUAAAAAAGCAAGUUUAGCAUAUUGCGAGGAAAACUUGACGGUACUCAAGAAAAAUUUAGCAUGGAAAAUAAUGGAACAAACAAAUCCAGAAUUGUUUAAUGAAGUUUGUGAAGCUGGUAUUGGCAGUUCAAGAUCAAGUAACAUGGAUGAUAGUGAAUUAAGCAAUUGACAUCUUUUCUUUAUAUAUAUAAACAAAAUUAAUUAUAAAUUUUUGAUUUCAAUGAAUGAACUUUAAUAAAGAUUAUUUUUAUAAAUUUU